AUGAUGAGUCAGUCAAUAGGCAGCGUUGGAAUGGGAGGAAGCAGUUAUCAUCUGUUCGGUGCGGAUGGCGGAUUAACGCGACCUCGAACUGCUACAGGGGUUAUGCAGCAGUCUAUUGAUCGCCUGUUUGCUGCUCGAGGUUCUGUGGCUCCGAGCUCCUCUGUUACAAUACUGCCUACUCCCGGUGGUGUGGAUGCUAUGCUUCGGUCCAUACCCGAGAGUAGUAGUGUUCGGACGGGGACGAGUGAACGCGCCAAUAGUAUGAAUGUGUCAGCACUUACUGACCCAGAUAUAUCGGGAACUGGUGAGCCAAUUAAUUCAUUUGCCCGUUUUUUGCUUACAAUCCACUAA